CGAGGCCAUAAGAGGGAAUUAUAUCAACCUAAUCGGCGGGCAUGAUUGGGUCCGGCGUUAUCCAUGUGAAGUUGUCAAAUUGACAAACAAAUUUAACGGCUGCCUUCCGCAACUACCCUCUUCGAACUGGUCCUGUUACAAAAGAUCAAACAAUCUAAGGUGUGCUCAAGUGUCACAAUUACGGGAAGAAGACACUUACGAAUAAUUCCAUUUCAUCUUUAACUCCGCCUUUUUUUUAAAAAAAAAAAAUCCUUUUCCUACCUAACCAGUCGUGCUUUUUCUUUUUUUUUUCGGGUUUGCCUACGCAGCCAACCCAUCACCACGUUGUAGUACCCUCAACUUCAACACCCGCAAUUACAACAUCAUGGCAGAAGAUCCCAUAGACAUAUCUAAUGGCACUUGCUAUUAUGCCGUCGAUACAAAAGCUAGGGAUGACUACAUCCCUUGCGGCAAUGUCGAGAUCGGAGAGGAUUGGCACUGCUGCGUCGCUGGCGAUAUCUGUCUAAAAGACAGUGCAUGCUAUCACAAGAAAUUUGAUAUCACCUACCUAGCGGGCUGCACGGACAAGCGAUACGGUGCUCCUAGUUGCCCUUAUAAGGGAAAGUACAGCAGCCAGCAGUGGACGGGACUACAGCGCUGCGACGGCAGCGACGACGACGCAAAGAAUAUAUGGGCGGCUUGCAAAGAAAGCGGAGACGUCCCGGGCUCGAAGCCGCCUGCUCGUUGCCAAUGCUCCAGCGAUACCCAAGUCCUCUCUGACAAACCGAAGCUCGACAACGUCGCCCUUCUUCCUACGAGUCUGGGCGGGACUCUGUCGUGGUAUGAUGGUAUGAAGCCGUCGAUAACGGAGACUACUACGAUAUUCUUUCCAUCUUCAACAUCUUCCGGCUCAACGUUAAGCCCGACUUCCACGGGCUCGUCCGCAAACUCAACCACAGACUCAUCUACAACAUCCGACGGUCCAUCUUCCACAUCGUCUUCGAAUUCGCCAGGCUACAUUCCGCCGUUGAAUACGGGAGCGGGGGGUGGUACUCCCGUCACGGUUUCUACCGACGUGCCCAACGCAUCCACGAACACAGGCACCGGCCCGAGACUCUCCACCGCAGCACAAGCCGGCAUCGGCGUCGGCGCUGGCGUUGGCGCCUUACUUAUCGGAUGCCUCGUAUAUCUGGCGUUCCUCCUGCGCACGCGCCGCAGAGCGAAGACCCACGGCUCCGAACUCAUCGACCCCGCGUCCAUGGCGCGACAUGACCUCCCCAGCGCCGAUAACCCGUCGAGCUCCCUCGCGUCGCCCUUCCUAGCUAGCAGCAACAGUCACGGCCACGGCCACGGCUAUGGCCAGAGCGGCGACACCACCGCGGCGUUCCCAAAUCACUACAAGUCGGAACUCGCGGCCGAGGAGCCGCGGAGCGCAGCCACGCAUCUGGCGUACUCGCCGUCCGCGGCUUCGACCCCGUUCUCGCCCACCGCCGCGUCCUUCUCGUCCCAGCAGAAGCAAUACACCGCGUACAACCCGCUGCUGCACGGGAACUACGCCGAGAAGAGCGAGGCCGGACAGAACCCGGUGUCGCCGAUGAGUCCGGAGCUGCAGAGUGGUCCCGAAGGGGGAGAACCACGCGCGGCGUAUAUUCAUGAAAUGGAGGGUUGAGGAGAGUGGGGGGUUUAACCAGCUGGCAAAGGAGGAAAGGGAAAGGGAGAGAGGACUGGCCUUCAUCUGGAGUUAGGGGUUAGUGACAUGCUACCGUGGAAAAAGGUUUUUUAAUUUUGCUUUUCAAAACUGCGUUUAAUAAGCCGGCUUAGUUUUGAAGCCAUGUACUUGUAUUUAAAAGACGGUACAAGUUGUUUCGUCAUCAAGGGAAUGGCAGACGAAUGAUGUGAUCGGUAUGAUACGAAUUGAUGAUGAUUGGCCGAGCGGAGUUCUAGUCGCUUUUUAGUUACAUUAUUUGGCUUAAGUGAAUGAAUGUAUGAAUAGUGCUUAUGCUGCGUUAAUAGAAAUACCUAAUCAAGUG